GGGACGUUUGUGACUGUGGAUAUUCAGGGUCCAGGUUACAGGCAUAUAAUAUGGGGUACCUGGUAACUAACGAACUGUUCGAAGAUGUUCAACAGGCGUUGACGUAGGGAGGGGUGUACGACAACGGCUUAUAGGGCGUGGUUGCCUAUGAGGACUGCGGGGUUCUUGUUGCCUCACUAGGACAACAACCAUUACUUUAAAGUAACUCAAUCAUAAUCAUCAAACAAAUCCAAUACAAUACUUCAAAGUCUUCUGAUUGUUGCCUCAUCACUUCUCGACUUGGUCAGACAGAAACCCCAAAUUGUGACUCCAGAUUCUUCUCAUCGCCCGUCGCACAUCUCAACUUCUCACAGCCUUCUGUCAACAUCAACAACCCACAUCAUGAGUUCAUCCGAACAGCAUCAACCAGACGCCCAAGCAGUCACCUCAGAUGGCAAGAAGAAAUGGAUAAUGCUCGAAAACAACCCCGAAGUAAUGAACCGCCUCGCCACCAAACUCGGCCUAUCCUCUGACCUGGAAUUCUACGACGUCUACUCUCUCGACGACCCGGACCUCCUGGCCAUCAUCCCGCGUCCUGUCCUCGCCCUCCUCGUCAUCAUUCCCCUCACCCCGGCCUGGGCGCAGGACCGCGAGAAGGAGGACGCAACGAUGAGCGAUUACUCCGGUGUAGGCCCAGACGAACCCGUGGUCUGGUUCAAACAGACAAUAGGUAACGCAUGCGGCUCGAUCGGUAUGCUGCAUAGUGCGAUCAACGGCCCCGCCGUCGACUUCAUCACGCCUGGCUCGGACCUUGCGGCCAUCCGCGAGGCUGCGAUUCCGCUGCACAUGGAGGAGCGGGCGCAGAUGCUGUACGACAGCGUGCCGUUCGAGAAGGCGCAUAAGUCGGUAGAACAGGUCGGCGACACGCUGGCGGAAACUGAGGCCGAGCAUCGCGGGCAGCAUUUCGUUACUUAUAUCAAAGAGCGUGGCAGGCUGUGGGAGCUUGAGGGCUCGAGGAAGGGGCCGAUUGAUAGGGGGAGUCUGGGAGAUGAUGAGGAUGUGCUGAGUCCCAGGGCGCUGGAGUUGGGGAUUAAGAGGAUCAUGAAGGUGGAUAGCGAUGCUGGGGGACGGGAUUUGAGAUUCAGCUGCAUCGCUUUGGCUCAGAAGUGGUAGGUGUCUAUCACGGCCAUAUAGAUUUCAAAUCUGCAUUGAAAGGAAAGAGUAGGGAGUAGGUUGGUCGUUUUGCUGCCAGCAUAGAGUCUUGAUACCAGAUCUCCAGAAUCAAAAUCAACCCUUCUACGACUAACGAAACCAUAGACACCACCCACACUUUUUACAAAAUCUCCUCCCAUCCAUCCUCUUCCCUUCACUCAACACAGUAAUAAUUCCCCCCCAGCACCUCUCCCAACCCCAGCUUCCGCUCACAACCAUCCAAAUCCCACCUCACCCUCGCCCACCUGCCCACCUCUCCCUCCUCUUCCAACCCCAACACCCCCCUCACGUCUCCACUCCCUAGACCCUCCGGGUGCUCAUACACCAUAAAAACAUACCGAUGCUUCGUCGAGAAAACCGGUGGAUUCGGCGCCAACCACCCCACCGCCGCAGCCUCCUCCUCCUCCGUCGCCUUCAGCUCAACCCACCCGUCCUCAUCAG